GGAAAGCUGUUUUACAAAAACUGAGGUUGCAUGUUCCAUUAUCUCAGAGCUUUUUGAGCCUCAUGAAGGUUUUGGUGGAUGCUCUAUGACCUAAACUACAUUUGUUCUCCACUAAACCUGUUUAGAUAAUUUUCUUUUUCUUCAAGCAAACAGAAGGUGUUUGAGUGUGUCUUCAGUCCACUGCUUUUAAAUAAUAAUUUAUGAACUCUAGAAGAUCUGCAGAAGCCAGAAAUGUAGCUUUUUUGGACACAGAAGCUUGUCUGCCUUACAKCAGCAGUAAAUGGUGUGGUGCUAACAUCUCUAAGACAGGACAGUGAGGAGGCAGGCUAGUGCAAAAAGUGGACAAAUUGAAAAGAAGCCUUUCUUUCCAUCUCCUUCAUUUUCUUCUUGCUUAGUGCUGCUGUUGGAACAAGAAUGGGCCAACUGUGUGGACGAUGCAUGCAGCUCCUGCGAGACGUCAUAGGCUUUGUUCAGAGGAUGUCCUCUGACUUGGUGCAAGGCAUCAAGGAAUGCUUUACUUUGAUAAGCAAAUGUUCCUGUUUAAAACAGAACAGCUCUAAAGCCAGACAGCUGUACAAGCCCAUCCUGCAGCCUCAUGAGUGGGUGACAGCACAGGAGUUUCUGCAGCAUAUUGAAACAGAUUUUGAAAUGUCUCCGCUUGGAAAGGACCCUCUGGAAGCCUUGAGGACCUUAUCCUUUUCAGAAAACCCAGGUUUACAACAGUCGGCUGCCCUUUAUUACUUGCAUAUGAGUCAUCACAUGAACAUCCCCUUGCCUGUGGAGCAUCUGGAACCCUUCUAUGCCUUACUACGUUCUGCUGACCUGGAGGUGCAGCAGAUGUCUUCCUUGUCCCUUGUAAACUUCUUGCUGGAAGGAAAUCUUGACAAAGAAUUAGUUGUCCAAAUGGGUUUACUUGAGCCAAUUCUGGAUCUGCUUGAGUCAGAGGAUCCCACUGUCCAGUGUAAUUCCUGUGCCUGCAUCAUGACUUUGGCUCUUUCAGAGUCCAACCGAGAGGCUAUUGGUGCUGCUAGAGGAGUUACACCCCUGCUGUCACUUGCCAAGUCCUAUGAUCCCAGAGUCCAGCAAAAUGCAGUUGGUGCUAUUCUGAACCUCACACAAUCAGAGAAAAUCCAACAAGUCCUAUGCAAGGAAGGAGCCCUACCAGUUCUUGCCUGGCUGCUGGAAUCUCCUGACUCAGAAGUACAGUAUUACAGUUGUGCUUCCCUAAGCAACAUGGCAGCCAAUGUUCAGCACCACAAAGCCUUGCUGAGACCCAGUGACAGAUUCCUGCUGCAGACACUGAUAUCUCUCCUGUCCUCUUCUGUGGACAAGAUUUCAAGCCAGGCAUGUGUUUGCCUAAGAAAUUUGGCUACCAGUGUAGACAUCCAGGUCGAGAUGGUUGCUGAGAAUGUCCUGCCCAAGCUGUGCUCUCUUCUGGCCUCUGGCAACGUGGAUGUGCGUCGUGCCUCCAUUGCUCUGCUCUGGAUACUGUCCCAGCACCCACCCAAUCAGGAYACUCUGGCAUGUGCUGAGCUACUGCAGAGCCUGGAGAUGUUACUGGCAGCACAUAAAACAGACCCUGUGAUUGUUGGACAUACUGCUUGCAUCAUCAAAAACCUAAGCCUUUCCAAAAACAGACAGAGAAUCACUGAGAGCCGAUGUGUUGAAGGUCUCCUCCAGACCAUGCUUUCAACCGACACUCAAGAAGAUUCCCUUCRUUACGUGACAUCCUGCCUUGCUGAGCUAGCAAAGCAAGAAGGAGCCGUGUUACACAUGGUCCAGCAGAUGGAUGAGCCUUUGACAAAGUGCUUGGUGAGACUGGCUGGCCAACUGGAAUAUCCUGAGCCAUCCUUUCAUGCUGCCUCCAUCAUCCAGCACAUGAUCAGUCAYGAAAAAAUGAUGCUUUUGUGGAAGCAUCACAUUGGAGAGAUUCAAGCCUACCUCAAGGAUUUUCUUACGCACCAAGAAGUCCGCUUUCAGCAGCUGGGCAUCUCCACAUUCUGCAGACUACGAGCAGAUCCAGAAUUUUCAUUAGCAUUCAGAAAAAGCCAAAUGGCCAACCUCCUUGAGCAAGUCCGUCAACAAACAGAAGAAACACAAGAGCUCCUUAGGGUAGCYAUGUGCCAUGAAGACAGUUAAUGUGUAAGCCAAAUGGCUUUUGAAAACUUACCAGAUCCAAGAGCCUGAACUUCCAGAGGAAASAACUCUUUUCAUUGGUUCCUGUAAUUUUCCUGCUACUUGCAGUUUCGUCAUACAAGAGAGAUGUCCCGGUAACAAGCAUUGGAGCAGGUCAAAACAUAAUUCCCUGGACCCUUUAGCUGGCUGCUUUAGUGUGCUUGAGGGCAUGGCUAUGUUGAAAAACACCCGUUAUGCUUGGUUAACCUUCCCUGGUUUGGUUUUGGUUUCCUCACCCUGCCACCCCCCUUCAGAAAAAAAAAGCUUAGUAUUAAUGAGGUUUUAUUCAUGCAACAGGCUGAUUCCACUGAAGAGGCAUCUSUCAAAUAUGCAGGUGGCUGCAUUCAUCUUUACUUUGUUUCUGUUCCAUAUUCUGUAUUACAGAGCACACCCCAGGGACUUUAGGAAACAAUUGAAUCAAUCCAUACUAUAAAGGUAGAAAACUAUGAACAGCUUACAGYAGAAAGUAACUGUUGAGGGAUAAUUCAGAAAGUGCAAGAAAUUUGUAAGCAGCAASAAUGGGUCAAGCCUGACAGCUGACCGUUGUCCACACUAUAGGCACUGCUUUCCAGCAGAAGAGCAAAGGCACAUUAAGGCAAGGAGAUGUUGCACAGAGCAAGUACARAUCACAGCAGGAAACACAAAUUAUUUGGGUGAGAUGCGUUUAAGUACAGAACUCUUUGUUCUGCAAAUGUUAAAAUUAUUUCCAAAGCUUACUUGCAACAAGGGAAGACUGAAAAUAUUUGGCAAAAUUAGUAAUUUUUGUUAUAUUUUGAUAUUAAUACUUCRUUUCAAAAAGGAGUUAAAGAACAAUAAAGGUAGUCAUGUGUUUAAAUUCAACUAAUUUUCUUACAUGUAUACUUCCCAUGGUCAGGCAGAUGUUCAGCUAUMUCCAGGAAAGCCAGGUUCUAUCACGUGUGUAAUGGUAACUUGGGAAGACACACAUUGUAACUCCAAACAUYCCCCCUUUCCUCCUCCUUCCCUCAGCUUUGUAUGCCAAGCAUGACAACGUAAGAUGUGGAAUGUCCCUUUGGUCAGCUGGGCUCACCUGUCCCAGCUGUGUCCCGCCCCCAAACUUCUUGUGCAACCCCAGGCUGGUGGGGAGGUGUGAGGCAGACCGUGCUGAGCAGUAACUGAAACAUCCCCGUGUUGUUACCAACCCYGUGUUCAGCACAAACCCCAAACACAGCCCCCUUCAAGCUACURUGAACAAAACUAACUCUACCCCAGUGAAAAGCAACACAUCUUUUGAGAUGCUUCUGACCAUGUUAUAACUCUURUGUGCAUGUAAAGCUUUAGAGCUGCUACUGGUUACAAACAUGGAAUAAAGGUGAGAUUUAAAAAAAAUAGUUUAAAAGAAUUAUUCUGUCAGUUAAGAGCUCAGUGUUUUAUUUAACUGUGACUCAAAUCUCUGGGCUUAAUUUUACUACUUGGGAAAGGCAUUUUUGAUAAUGAAUCCUUUUAAUAUCAGCAAGUUCUUUCCAACAGUACUGUUUGGGGGAAAAAAAAAWCCAAAAUGAAACAACAYCCCACACACUCCCUGACCAAAAACYSUAUGUAAAAACAACCAAACCCACACUCAGUGCAGUAAAAAGACCUAUUAAAAGUACAGAGUAAACAGAGACUUUAGGUAAAGCAAUAGGGUAUUUUCAACAUUCAUGCAUGACAGGAAUUUUGUUUUGAAAUCUGACAAACCACGUGCUCAGCUUUGGGCAGGUGGACUUACUGAAACAGAGGAUUGACUGAAUUACACACUUAGGAACAGAAUUCAAAAGUCUCAGACUUCAAGUCACCUCUGUGGGUGUUUUUGACCAGUUUCCAAAAAGAAAAACAGUGCACUAUUAAGUAYUGAUACUAGAAUGUGUCCUGUUUCUGUAUUAUUAGGUAUUUAAUCACAAAUAUUAUUAUUUCAAUGUCUUAGCAAGAAAGAAAAUAACAAAGCAUUCUUUAUCAGCAAUGAGGAGAUAAAMGACAUGAGGCAAGCAGAGCUAAUGGUGAGCAAUGCAGCAGUUGUGAUGUACUGAAGUAACUCAGUGAGAACCAUCCCUGUGAGCAAGGCUGUUGUGCUGUGGAGACAUGAGCAUGGAGCUGAGCCUUCCCAAAGCACACAGCUCUCUGCUGGGAAAGGUUACUGCUCCACACCCUCAGAACAGCUGUCUGCACCUUCUACACCUACCACUUCUACCUCAGGGUGUAGUUCAGCCUUACCUCUCACAGUACAAACAGCACAACCAACUGCAAUACCAACCAAGGCAGAGGAGCUGGCCUUCCUCCCAUAYCAUAUUUUAUUGUCAAGAACAACACUCAACUAAAGAGAAACUAUUUUCCCUGCAUUAAAAGAGGCUUAACCAAAAGAUUUUAAAAUUCAAUCUUAAAUAUUAAAAAAAAUUAUACACCUACUUCUACUCUCAAAUCCCUUGUUUUUAUUUUGUGUCAGGCCCUUAAAACAGGAAAUUCUCCCUCAUUUGAAGUCAGCCUGGACAGACUGUAAUGAUAAAUGGAUUUUAAUCCAGGCCUGUAAAAAAAAUUCAGCAAAACCCAAAAUACACAUGAGAAAUGAAGCAGGCCCAUUUUURCUGCAAACAGUGAAGAAGUGUGCUGAAGUCUCACAAAAACCAGAUCAGCAUAAUUUAUAACCAAUCAUAUAUAGCUCAAAAUGAGCACAAUUUAAACCUGAGCCCAAAUGAAUCCUAAGACUUAAAACUGAAGCUAAAUGUUACURCCUCUUUCUUUGUUCUCUUUCUAGUUGCAAGUGACUUUGUACCAAYUUUUCAGUAAAGAAAUUAGAGAAAACCUGAAGCAAAGUUUUAAGCAGACCAGGAAUAGCAAGAAGAGUUUUCCAU